AUGUUCACACAAACUGUCCGCGCUUCGCGCUCUCAAAUCGCCCGCGUUGCGAGGCAGCAAAUGAUCAGCAAGAGAACUUUCAUCGUUCCUACUGCUGUUCGUCGUGCGGACCUUGUCCAAGAUCUUUACCUCAAGGAAUUGAAGAGUUACAAAGCUCCUCAAAUCAAGGCAUCCGAUUCCGAAGGACACGUUCUCAAGUUCUCCCCACCUAAGGCCCCUACAUCUCCAGAAGAAACCGAUAUCGCAAAGGAAUUGGCAGCAUAUGAGGCAAGCACAGUCGAAGUAGAGGGACAAGCUGAGGGAGGUGUUGAGGCCAAGGAGGUUGAUUGGUUUGAGGAGGAGCCUGAGGAGGAGGCCGCACACCACUAG